AGGGAGGGAGAGAGGGAGGGAGGGAGAGAGAAAAAGAGAGAGAGGGAGAGAGCCUAAGCCUCUAAGUGUAAUGUAUUGUUUUCUGUGAAAGGGCAGGCUGCACCCUUUUCCCCCUCCUGAACUCUGAACCGCUCGUUGUGUCAGAACUUUUAGGAGGAGUCAUUGACUUGGGUCACAGGAAAGACAGGGGAGAGAAGGAGAAGAAAAGGAGAGCGACAGUAGAGAAGUAGAGCAGUGAGAGGGACCUCCGGGUCAUUUCACAGAGACAGAAGGGGAAAGAGGUCAACUCUAUUACUUUUCCUGGAAGUGAACUCAAAAACGUAUUUAGUAUGAUUAGAAACUAAAGUGUUAUAGCUGAAGAUUUUCAGAGAAAAGAGGAGAGCACUCGGUGAGUGGACAGGCGUGUGUAAGAGAGAGUGUGUGUGUCGGCCGUUUAGCUCAGAUAUGGCCAUGGUGAGCGGGGGAUGGGGCAAUCCUAACCGGGAGACCAACGGACUGGGUGGGGAGAAGGCUUACCUGCGUGGAGAUGAGGAGGGCUCGCCCCAGGCCGGGAGCGAUGUGGAGGUGGGAGACGAAGACAAGGCGUGCGUGGUGGACUGCGUGGUGUGUGGGGACAAGUCCAGUGGGAAACACUAUGGGGUGUUCACCUGCGAGGGCUGUAAGAGCUUCUUCAAGAGGAGCAUCAGAAGGAACCUCAACUACUCCUGCAGGUCGAAUCGAGAAUGCCAGAUAGACCAGCAUCACCGCAACCAGUGCCAAUACUGCCGGCUGAAGAAAUGCUUCCGUGUUGGCAUGCGCAAAGAAGCAGUCCAGCGUGGACGUAUCCCUCCAUCCCACUCAGGCAUCAGUCCCACUUCUUUGGUCGGCGGAGGUGGUGGUACUGGGGCCGGGCCAGUAGGGGGCGAAUUCUUCAACGGCCAGCCUGUGUCUGAGCUCAUCUCCCAGCUGCUCCGUGCUGAACCGUACCCCAGCAGCCGCUAUGGUCCCCAGUAUGGCCAGCAGCAGCAGAUGCAAGGUGCUGGAGGAGGCUCCGUCAUGGGCAUCGACAACAUCUGUGAGCUGGCGGCACGCCUCCUCUUCAGCACCAUCGAGUGGGCCAGAAACAUCCCCUACUUCCCUGAGCUGCCCGUCUCUGAGCAGGUGGCUCUGCUGAGACUGAGCUGGAGCGAGCUGUUCAUCCUGAACGCAGCCCAGUCCGCCCUGCCCCUACACAUGGCCCCACUGCUGGCCGCCGCCGGCUUCCACUCCUCGCCCAUGUCAGCAGAGAGGGUGGUGUCCUUCAUGGACCAGGUGAGGGUGUUCCAGGACCAGGUGGACAAGCUGACCCGACUUCAGGUGGACUCGGCAGAGUACAGCUGCCUCAAGGCCAUCGCCCUCUUGUCUCCAGAUGCGUGUGGUCUGACAGACCCCAUCCACGUAGAGUCUCUGCAGGAGAAGGCCCAGGUGGCUCUGAUGGAGUACGAGAGGAUGCAGUACCCGGGUCAACCCCAGCGCUUCGGCCGUCUGCUCCUCCGCCUGCCUGCCCUCAGGGCCGUGCCCGCCAACCUCAUCUCCCAGCUGUUCUUUAUGCGCCUGGUGGGCAAGACGCCCAUCGAGACCCUCAUCAGGGACAUGCAACUCUCUGGGAGCUCCAUUAGCUGGCCUUACGUCCCUGGGCAGUGAGGACAGGAGCCUGGGACCCACAGGACCCUGGAGGAACCUGGAAAUUGGAACCCAGAAUGGGAUGGAGAGGGAUUAGCCACUGAUGUCAUUAAUGUCUAAAUUCUUAAGGAUUUAGUAGAGGAGGACUAUAUUGCUACUCACUCACACAGAGUCAAACACUGAGCUUCCAGUGAAUGGAGCUGGAAUCACACCAUUGGUAGUUUAGCUGUCCGUGUAUUCCAAGGAAAUUAUUAAUUUGUCUUGGAGUAUAUUUCCUGAUCUGUAUCAUGACCUCUCUGAAUGACCUGUCUGAAACACAGAACAGGGUUCUAGAACACAGAACAGGGCUCUGAAACACAGAACAGGGCUCUGAAACACAGAACAGGGCUCUGGAACACAGAACAGGGCUCUGAAACACAGAACAGGGUUCUAGAACACAGAAUAGGGCUCUGAAACACAGAACAGGGUUCUGAAACACAGAACAGGGCUCUGAAACACAGAACGGGGCUCUGGAACACAGAACGGGGCUCUGAAACACAGAACAGGGCUCCGGAACACAGAACAGGGCUACACAACACGGAACAGGGCUCUGAAACAGAGAACAGGGUUCUAGAACACAGAACAUGGUUCUAGAAUACAGAACAGGGCUCUGAAACACAGAACAGGACUCUGGAACACAGAACAGGGCUCCGGAACACAGAACAGGGCUCCGAAAAUACAGAACAGGGCUCUGAAACACAGAACAUGACUCUGGAAUACAGAACAGGGCUCUGAAACACAGAAUGUGGCUCUUGAACACAGAACAGGGCUCUGAAACACAGAACAGGGCUCUGAAACACAGAACAGGGCUCUGGAACACAGAACAGGGCUCUGGAACACAGAACAGGCCUCUGAAAAACAGAACAGGCCUCUGAAAAACAGAACAGGCCUCUGAAACACAGAACAUGACUCUGGAAUACAGAACAGGGCUCUGAAACACAGAACACGCCUCUGAAACACAGAACAGGGCUCUGAAACACAGAACAGGGCUCUGGAACACAGAACAGGGCUCUGGAACACAGAACAGGGCUUCUGAAACACAGAACAGGGCUCUGGAACACAGAACAGGGCUCCGAAACACAGAACAGGCCUCUGAAACACAGAACAGGGCUCUGAAACACAGAACAGGCCUCUGAAACACAGACUGUAACUCAAGGCCCAGUGCCACUACUACCUCUGUCCCCAUGGCGCCCCACGCGACUCUGACCCCAGGCUCUGUGUGUCUCUCUGGCUGCUGUGUUAGGCCCCUGGGUCUCAUGUGGGACCCUAUUCCCCUUAGCUACAGUGCAUAGGGCUCUGGUACUCAAACGUAGUGCACUGUGAAAGGAAUAGGGUGCCAUUUGAGAUUCAGACACAGGGAUUAUGAAGCCACAGCCACAUACUGCCAUUGUAUUGUGUUUUGUCCUGAGCUCUCUAUUCAUGUAAAUCGUUGAGUUUGAUUUACUCUCAUGUUGAGCUUAUAGUGUAAAAUGUCAUGUGUACAUUAUGCAAAUGUGGUCAUGUUAAAUCUCUGAAUGUUAUGCAAAUAGCGGGCUCUCUCCAUAGUAUAAGCAAUAGCAUACAUGCUACAGUACAUGCUAUGGUGCCCGAAAACUUGCACAAGCUAGCAGAGGUGAAUGUAUAGGGGGCUAGAGGAAGGCUAGGUGGAGCCGUGACCGUACUGCUUAGACCUGAAGGGUAGGGGGCUAGGGGAAGGCUAGGUGGAGCCGUGACCGUACUGCUUAGACCUGAAGGGUAGGGGGCUAGGGGAAGGCUAGGUGGAGCCGUGACCGUACUGCUUAGACCUGAAGGGUAGGGGGCUAGGGGAAGGCUAGGUGGAGCCGUGACCGUACUGCUUAGACCUGAAGGGUAGGGGGCUAGGGGAAGGCUAGGUGGAGCCGUGACCGUACUGCUUAAACCUGAAGGGUAGGGGGCUAGGGGAAGGCUAGGUGGAGCCGUGACCCUACUGCUUAGACCUGAAGGGUAGGGGGCUAGGGGAAGGCUAGGUGGAGCCGUGACCGUACUGCUUAGACCUGAAGGGUAGGGGGUUAGGGGAAGGCUAGGUGGAGCCAUGACCGUACUGCUUAGACCAGAAGGGUCGGGGGCUAGGGGAAGCGGUUGCUUUCAGAUCAGACAUUUCAUGUGAUCGUCAUACAAUGUAACUAAAGGUACAGACCCCUUUAAGGACUAAAGGGUAUGCUGUGUAUUAACAGUAAAACUACGGUACAGUGCACAAGGCUAUGUGCAUACUCUUAGUGAUAUUGGCCUGGACUGCAAUUUCAUGUGACCAUGCUUCGUUUUUUGUUCUUUUUUUUGCCAAAUGACUUACUCAGAGUGGACGCAGAGUGGACGUAUGAAUACUGAAAUCAAAGAAUCUGAUGGGAUUUUGACUAACGACUUCAUUGUGUAGUUCUACAUAAGAAUAAGAAGUUUUUAUUGCGAUGUCAAACCAAAAUGUAAAGAAAAUUGCUACUGCUGACCAUGGCUAUUUUUGCAUUACUAAAAAUAAAGUAUAAGUACUCUUACUGUG